AUGAAACCAGCAAAUCACAGCCUCAGUGUCUCUGAAUUCCUCCUCCUGGGCCUGUCUGAGCAGCAGAAACAGCAGCCCCUCCUCUUUGGCACCUUCCUAAGCAUGUACCUGACCACCGUGGUAGGGAAUGUUGCCAUCAUCCUGGCCAUCAGCUCUGAGCCACGCCUCCACACCCCCAUGUACUUCUUCCUGGCCAACUUCUCCCUCACGGACCUGUGCUUGUCAUCUACCGCGGUCCCCAGGAUGCUGCUGAACAUCCAGGCCCACAGGCACACGGUCUCCUACGCUGGGUGCCUGUCUCAGAUCUACUUCUUCCUGGGGUUCAUUGGUCUGGACGUUUUCCUCCUGGCAGUGAUGGCACACGACCGGUUUGUGGCCGUCUGCCACCCGCUUCACUACGCCUUGGUCGUGAGGCCCAGACGCUGUGUGCUGCUGGUGGCCAUGCCCCUGGUCCUUGCUCAUUCCUGCUCUCUGACCCACACCCUCCUCCUGGCUCGGUUAUCCUUCUGCACUCAGAACAUCAUCCCCCACUUCUUUUGUGAACUUCUCCCCCUGUUGACGCUCUCUUGUUCCAGUACUUAUGCCAACCGCUGUGUGCUGAGAUUCUGGGGAGGGGCUUUAACCAUCUUGAUCCCCUUGCUGAUCAUCAUUUCCUACAUCCGCACUGUGGCUGCCAUUGUGAGAGUCCCAUCAGCAAGUGGGAGGUGGAAGGCCUUCUCCACCUGUGGCUCCCACCUCUCAGCAGUUUGCUUGUUCUGUGUGUCUGCUGUCGGGGUGUACUUCAUUCCCUCUGCUGCCGACUCGGCCGGCAAGGACAGGAUUGCAGCCGUGAUGUACGCGGUGGUCACCCCCAUGCAGAACCCUUUCUUCUACAGCCUGAGGAACAAGGACGUGAAGAGCGCCUUGGGGAGGCUCCUGAGUGGAAGGGCGCUGCCGUGCCCGUGA